AAAAAAAAAAAAAGUUCAAAUUAAAACCUUUUCAUAAAACCCUUUAGAAUCCAAAUCUCUCACCGGCGCGCGUCGCCAUUCUCUGCCACCACCACUCUCUCCGUCUUACACGACUCUCUUUUUUCCUGUCCUCAAAUUCAGUUUCCUUCAUUUUUCACGUUACAAAUCUCUUUCAUUUUCUCCUUCAAAUUCCUCCUUCAAUGGCGGCUUAGUCCCUUUUCUUUCCUGUUUCCACCCAUGAUCCCAAUUACCCACCGGCAAAUUCUUCUCUUUUCUUCAAUUUCUCUCUUUCUUCUCUUCACAACCCCCAAAUGGUGAGCGAUUCCAAAGACCUACCUCCCAAUUUCCCUCCUCGUGCUCUGAUUGUUGGUAAUUUCUGCCAUGAUUUCCUUAUUCGUGAUGCCCAUGUCGUCACCGAGUCCCUUGGUGGCGCCGCUUCCUUUAUUUCCACGGUUUUUGAUGGUUUAUCGGUUCCUUAUCUUACUGUUUCGAAGGUAGGGGAGGAUUUCGCUUACUCGACGAAUCAGAGUCCGAUUGUUGUGUCGAAUUCGAAGACGACUGCUUUUCGUGCGUUUUUUGAUUCUUCAAUCUCUGGUGAUGGACGUAGAGAUCGGAUUCUAAAAAGGGUUGCGGCUUGUUCUCCGAUUUUGCCGUCUGAUCUCCCUGAUUUUAGAUUUGAUUUUGGAAUGGCGGUUGGAGUUGGUGGGGAGGUUGUUCCUGAGACGCUUGAGCGGAUGAUUGAGAUUUGUGAUGCUGUGUUUGUUGAUGUUCAAUCCUUGAUUCGAGUUUUUGAUGAAAUUGAUGGGACUGUGGAGCAUGUGAAUUUGAAGGAGAGUGGUUUCUUCCAUUUGUUGUCUCGAAUUGGGUUUUUGAAGGCCUCUGCUGAAGAAGCUCCAUUUAUGGAUGUUGAAGAGGUACGGAAGCUUUGCCCUGUUGUUGUGACGAAUGGGAAAGAAGGCUGUACGUUGUACUCGAAUGGCAGCCAGUUGCAGAUUGCUCCCUUCACGGCGAAUCAGGUCGAUCCUACCGGUGCUGGCGACAGUUUCUUGGGUGGUUUUGCGGCAGGGUUCACGGCUGGAUUGGCUGUGCCGGAUGCUGCAUUGCUUGGGAAUUUGUUUGGAUCUCUUACAGUCUCCCAAGUUGGCUUGCCCCAUUUUGAAUCCAGAAUCUUGCAGAGAAUUAAGGACGAGGUAGAGAGAAGAAAGGUGCAGUGCAUGGACUUGUGCGACCCGGGAGAGAGCAAGUCAAUCCAUCGGAUGCCAGAAGGACACGAACAGUUCCAAAAGUUGCUUGGGACAGUCAGAUCGGAAUGCCAAUUGAGUCUGCCAGCUUCUCCCAUAGCAGUGGAACAAGUAAAUGGGCACUACAAUAGUUAAUAUGAGGAGCAAAUUAGGAAACCAGCUGAAAUUUUCUCACCAAAAUAUCUUAAAGCAAAAUAACUUUGUAACUUCGUUUUAAUCAUGCAACUUUGGUUAACAAAUAGAGAGAUCCAUCCAUAGCUUAUGUUAAUACUUAUAUCAGUGAAUCUGCGAUCCUUCAAUCAAGCACAAAAAAAGUGGAUAAACCAAGUCAUCUACUUGAAAAUAGUGAAAACAAAAUCCGUGGACGUUAUCAAACGGGUCAUAUGUUUCUUUUUA